AUCACAAGUGACAGUCAAUUGACAAGCACCACUGGACAGUGACAUGUCAGCACCAUCAAUUGGUCUGUAAGGGUGCCAAUCAUUUUGGACCUAACAGUCGGUAGAAGGCGGUGCUCUUUACCAAAUAGACCACCUCAGAUUUGUUUGAAGUGGACAUGUUCAGAAACAGACAUGUAAAUUACCCAUGGCUAGAAGACUCUGAAGUAAAGGGUUGAGAACAACAGUUUCCUAACGACAAUAUCUUAUCUUCCCAGGGAUUGCAAGCCAAAUAACUGCAACACAAUGGAGGAUUAUAUAUAUGAUUAUGAUUUUAGCAAUUACACCUAUGACAAUGUUACUCCUCCGGAGGAUGUAGAUUUCAAAACCCACAAGACAUGCUUCACAGAAGUUUCAUGCGCCUCCCUCCUGGUGGUCAAUGUAGUUAUCUUCCUGCUGGGGGUUUGUGGGAAUGGGGUGGUCAUCUGGAUCGCUGGUCUCAAGAUGAAGAAGACAGUCAACACCACCUGGUACCUCAGCCUGGCCGUCUCCGACUUCAUAUUCUGUGCCUGUCUCCCCUUCAACAUCAUCAACACGGUGACAAAGGACUGGAUCUUUGGGCUCUUCAUGUGCAAGUUCACCUCUUUUGUGAUGUUCCUCAACAUGUUCUGCAGCAUCUUCCUCCUGGUCGUCAUCAGUGUUGACCGCUGUGUGUCAGUGAUGUUUCCAGUGUGGGCUCAGAACCACCGCACCAUGGGCAAGGCCUCUGUAGUGGUGGUUCUGGCCUGGGUUGCCUCUGUCGCCCUCAGCAUCCCCUCCAUGGUGUUCAGAGACGUCAAAACCCAUUUAGGGAUGAGAAAGUGUUUCAAUAACUACAGAGACCAACACAGCCACAAGAUGAUCGCAGUGAGUCGGUUCAUUGGUGGGUUUGUGCUGCCAUUCUUAAUCAUCAUCUUUUGUUACUCUGUCAUCAUCCUGCGACUGAGAACCAACCGAAUGAUGAGCAAGUCCUCCAAGCCCUUCAAAGUUAUGACUGCCCUGAUAGCCACAUUCUUCAUCUGCUGGCUGCCCUACCAUGUCUUUGUACUGCUUGAGCUGAACCACCAAAGCUACGACCUGGAGGUUAUAAGAGCUGGGCUUAUGGUGGGCACUACUGUAGCCAUAGCUAACAGUUUCCUCAACCCAGUGCUGUAUGUUUUCAUGGGCAAUGACUUCCUGCAGAAAUUCAAGAGCUCCAUACUGUCUAAGAUGGCGAAUGCCAUCGGAGAGGAGGGCCGCACCACCAGCCGCUACCUCUCCAGGUCCAGCUCCAUGGAGGGCAGCCGCAGAACCUCCACACACAUCUAAAUCUCUAUGAUGAUGGUAAGGCCUCAGUGGCUGCAGAGACUAAGAACACAAUUUUGUUCAGCAACGCUUUGUCUUGUAGAAAUGUCAUGUAAGGUGUAUUUUCACUUUAUGGUCUAAUGGACUAGUUAUAUUUGUCAUAUAUUUGUAUAAUCACAUGUAGUGCUCUUUGUCUCAUGUUAAAACGUCUAUCUAUUUGAUUUGUUUCUCCCAUGAGCUCCAAUAUAUUUUCCUACCGUAACUUUUUCCAACCAAUUUGAAUGUCAUUAUCUCACAUACAGAAUGCGAUGGAGGCCUUGCUGUGGAGUGAUCUUUUGUAGUGACGUGACCUAACAUAGGCUUAUAACCUAUUUACUAUACAUAUUGAAAUAACAACCUAAUAACCUAAUAAUAAUAACCUCUGUAUAAUGUGUGUCCCUGUAGAUCGUAAAAUGUUCAUCUUAUAAGCAGAAGUCCAUUUGUUUCAGUGAGUGACCAAGCUCAUAGUUCAACGACGUCAGUGAAAACAGGAAAUCCUCCUUUUUGACAGCCAUGUCUCUUGAGGGGAAAUGUUUUUGAGGGGAAAUCAUUGUGACCUCUUUGUGGUAAUUUGUAUAAAUUAAGCUGAAACAUAUCUCUACCGCUGAUAAAAAAAAGCUACCUUCUAAAAGGAAAUGAACAUCACACUGCUUACAGUA